AUGUACACCAAUGACAGCCCAACAACAAUGGAAGGUGAUUUUGACUAUCCACAUUGUCCUUGUAAUUCAGACUCCACUGUUAAUUGCAGGUUAAAGUUUUCAGAAAUGUUUGAUUUGUAUAAUAUGUCCGAUUUCGAUAUUUCAAAUACAGAAUUGCUUGUUGACAGAGAUAUCAAAGUCACAAAUCUUAAAAGAGUGAAACUGGUGACAAUCAAUGAUGACACUAAACUCGAUAUUUCUGCGUACUUUGACAACAUGAUCUUUUUAUUUUCAUUUGAAGUGUUGACAAAUGGGGUGUAUGGAGACAAGUAUACCAUUGAUGCAUCAUUACAAUAUCACACGUCUUCCAAUACAUUGGAGUGUAUAGUAAACUUCAACUACAGCAUCUCUCUUGUUAAAGAAAUUCAAUUUUUCCAAAUAGAAUGUCCAAGUACUAUUGAUGUUCUGAAUUUGUAUGAAAAUACGAGUGUUGUAAUUUUGAAAAACACUUCUUUGUAUCAAAUUAACAAAAUUCAAUUUGGUCAAUAUGGUACAAGUUACAUAGUGAUGGAUUAUCCAUCAAACAAUAAAAUACUUGAGGGAUGUAUUCUUAUGGAAAUAACAAAAGAAAAAGAGAUUUGUUUGUUGUGUGGUGAAAGUUAUCAACUUAUUGAAGGUCAAUGUGUUCGUGUUGUUGAGUAUUGCGAAUUUUGGAAUUUGAAUGGCAUUUGUACAUUGUGUGUUAACGGGUUUGUUUUAAAUGAUGAUCGCGAAUGUAUAUCUUCGGAUAACUGUUCAAUUGGAACAAUUACAGAGUGUUACAAAUGCCGAAACGGUUAUAUUCUGAACAACAACAAUUGUUAUAAAGAAGAUAAGAAACACAGAAACAAAUUGUGA